AUGAAGAGCGCUCGUUGCAUGAUGCAGAUCAAGGCCAAGUUUGAUACUGAUGAAGGUCUGAUGAAAGCUGAUAAUGAAGAGCACCACGCUAUUCUGAUCGCUUGUUACAUGAUGCAGAUCAAGGCCAAGUUCAAUACUGACAAAGGUCUGAACUUCAUUCAACAGUAUUACAUCAAUCAAGGACUGAAGAAGUUUGGUGAUGAUGGAAAGGAUGCUGUGGAUAAGGAAUUGAGACAAAUGCUCCUGAGAGAUUGUUUCACUCCCAAAUUUGUGAAAGACAUGACCGCUUCUGAGCGAAAGAAGGCCCAAUCAGCGAUGAUGUUACUCGUGGAGAAGCAAUUUGAAAAGACGAUUAAAGGUCGCCUAGUAUACCGAGGCAAUGGAACUCAUGAUUGGUUAUCGCGAGAGGACACUGCAAGUCCAACUGCUUUGCAGGAAGCAAUCACCACUAUUUGUGUUAUUGAUGUAGAGAUAUAA